UCUAAACGAUGACGAUGACAGUAAAUGGUUCGAUGGUUGAUUGUGAUUGUGAUUGUGCUUAUAUUCAUUCAUCUAUAGUAACCAUAAUGUAUAACAGUGUUAACGUUUAUGGAAUAAUAUUUACUAUCUUAUCAAGCUAGACUGAGAAACCACUGAGAAACUGAUGACGAUGCAAGUCGAGAUGCUUCCUGGAAUCAUCCAUAGAAUCGUUCUUCUGAAUUUCUCUCUGCUUGUUGCUCUGUCUCUCCCAGACACUGCUAUGUUGAAAUAAAUUAGAUAUGACUGAUGUGGAGGCAACGUAUGAAGACUUCAUAGCCUCUGGAAGGACGGGCAGAAGGAAUGCGGUGCAUGACAUCCUGGGGGAAUCAGGAGGACUGGACGCUAGUGGACUCUCGCAGACGCUUUCGGAGCUCAACAUCAACAAAACAGAUGAAGGGAAUGACGGAGAGAAAAGCUCGAGCUCCUCAGACUCCGAUCCCAAACAAGAGGAGAGCAAAGCGGAGAGAACGUAACAGCCUCCUGCGCGAUUAGAAAAGAAACUUCUCAGCUCCAUCCUGUGGUGAUUUGAGGACAGGACAUGGCCGAGCAGAAACGGAGACGCCUUCUUCUACUGGUCUGCCCCGGACUCAGCCGAGGCUCUGCCUUCAAAGCGUUCAGAGGAAAAGGCUGGACUUGUAGCUUCAGCACCGGAUGAAGCGUUAAUCACUUCAGUAACAUAGCUGAUGUAGGCACUCCCUUAGCUAAUCACUGUUAGCUGUUAGCUGUUGAAAUGGAGCUAAAUCGUCCAUCAGACCCUCCAUCCCAGAGGGAUGUAGCUGGAGAUUCGUAGGAUCUUCUCAGCAUUUGACUUUCCGUCACAGAUUCAUGGAGGGAUACAUUUUUUGAUCCGCAGGCCCACUGCCAAGUUAGCCAUGCUAAGAUAUUUCUGUGUUUUCCUUGAUAUUUAUGAGUAGUAGUGUUGUUGUAAUAGCCUACGUUUUUAAAUAUUUUUAAAUAUUCAUUCGGUAUUUUAAAUCGGAUUUUGUUUCUCACUAAACGUUUCAGCUGAUGUUAUUACUGAAUACGUGCAAGAAACGAGGUUUCACAUAACACAGACGCUGCACCGUGAUCGAGUGUGAACGUGGUGUAAAAAGUGAUGCAUGACACCUAAAUAUAUUCACAGUCUGUUCAGAGAAUACACAUGUACAAAAUAUGCAGCUGUGUUCACGUGAGCUAAAUGUUUAUGGUGUUUUUCUUUUUUCUUUUUUUUUUUUGGAGCUUGUGGUUUUGAUUUUUGUUUUUAAUAAUAAAAAAAUGAAUUAAAUAUUUUUUUUUGAUCAACACUGCCCUGUAAACUUUUUUAUUUUGAGCUCACCUUGAUAGAUUUUUUUUAGCAUGUAUGUCUUCCACAUUUGUUCAAUUUGUGACAGAUUUGGUAAUAAACAUUAACGGAUGAUGUUUCUGUCAUCUUUAAUGUUUUUCCUGAUGUUUUUCUUGUGUUCCUUAAAUAAAGGCUACAUUUGGUUGGCAAAUAUGCAUUUAUAUACACAUACAUAGAUACAUGACUACAUAUUAAUUCCUGUUUAUAACUAAAAAAUUACACUCAUUGUGAAUAUAUAAAUGACCCUUUUCAACACAAAUUCAUAUUAAAAAAAUUCUCUAUGAGUACUUGCAUUCUUUAUAUAUACCAUAAUAUUUCCUUAGGAAAUAAAUUUUAAAAACUAGCACAUAAUGUAGUAUAUAGCACAGUAAUGCAGUAUUGAUGAAUAUGCAAAUUUGAGACAUGUCCCUUUCCCCUUGCGAAACAGGAUCACAUUGUCUAUGUUUGAAUAUUGAAUCCAAUAUCCAAGAUUUGCUUUGAGAAGUCUACUUGUGAGGAAUAAAACACUCCAUGUCGUGCUGUUAUAGGAAACUAAUCAACAAUGAAUCAGUUACCUCACAGUUGAUUAUAUUACUAUAACAGCAUGUCCGGAAGUGUUUUAUUCCUCUAACACCACAGGAAUUUGUCAAUGAUUAUGAUUGUUUUAUUUAU